GGCAUACAAAUGCCUCUGCUUAUCCUUGCUGUUUUUGUAGCAGCUACACAGAGAUGUCAUAAUGUUGUUAUCACUGCAAGAACAGAAGAACUUUUUAAAGUACCAGCUUUCUUCUUUAGAGAAGAGCUGCAAUAUUUAUCAAACAGUGCAGAGCUGGAAGAGCAACUUUGUGGAAAUACAGUUUCUCAGUCACUGAUUUAAAAAAACCAGAAACAUUUUGCACUGUUACAUUUCGUGGAUUUUUAUUUUAUUUUUUUUUUAUUUUGUGAUAGGAAAUUAUUUACGGACUGCAAGUUUGAGGAACCUGAACUUAAAAGUGUCUUCUUCAUUUGUUCAGUUUUGCUUUUAAUUUGAGAUCUGCUGAAACUAUCACAAUGUCAGCUGUGGUAAUUGAACUGGAUAAGAUUUCUUCAGAUGAGAUUGAGAGCAAAAAGUAUUCCAAGCCAGAUUUUAAGGAAUGCAAAUUCAGUGAAUCAUGUGCUGAUCAUCAUGGUUUUCAACUUCACUGUUCAUGUUCUGCUCCAGCUGGUAUGAAUACAAGCAAGAGUGAAACAGUGAAAGAGCAUCCACUGAAACCUUCUAGAAGGUCUAUGCCAUGCCUCGUCCAGAGCCAAACGCAUCCUCAGAGCCUGAGCAAGCAUUCUUCAUUCCUGCAGCCAAAUCGUGUACAGCCACAGCCUCUAAGUGCAGGGACAUCAACAGCUACAGUGGAUGUAGUGUCAGAACGAGCUAAAGUGGUGGAGACUUUGGAAAACAACUUGCUUAAACUGUCUAAUACAGAAUACGGUGAUCCAUUUUUAGAUGUAGGGAAGGACAAAGAUACUUAUACAGAUGAUUCAGAACAUGGGAAUUAUGAUACUCGUACAGAUCAAUCAUUGCUUAUUCAAAACAGGCUCACCAGGCAGAAAACAGAACCUCGAACUAAAUCGUCUUUAAAGAGUGAUGCCAUGGCAUCAUCAGGACUAUUCUUCAAAGAUGGCAAAAAGCGCAUUGAUUACAUCCUGGUCUACAAGAAAUCAAGUCCACAGGUAGAAAAAAGAAGCACAUUUGAGAAGAAUUUGAGAGCAGAAGGGCUGAUGUUAGAACGGGAGCCAGCUGUUACAAACAGUGAUAUCAUGUUUGUUAAAGUUCACUGUCCAUGGGAGACGUUGUGCAAAUACGCAGAAAGAAUGAACAUCAGGAUGCCUUUCAGGAAAAAAUGUUAUUACACUGACUGGAGGAGCAAAACCAUGGGCAGUUUGCAGAGGAAUAUGAGGGAGCUGAAAAGUUGGUUGCCCAGAAACCCAAUGAAGCUUGAUAAGGAGGCCCUGCCUGAUCUGGAGGAGACAGAUUGCUACACAGCACCCUUCAGCCGUGCACGCAUCCACCAUUUUACGAUAAACAACAAAGAUAGCUUCUUCAGCAAUUCCACAAGAAGUAGAAUCGUGCAUCACGUGCUACAGAGAACUAAGUAUGAAGAUGGAAAAUCCAAAAUGGGUAUUAAUAGGUUACUAAAUAACGGAACAUAUGAAGCAGCAUUUCCACCACAUGAGGGAAGCCACAAAAGCAGACAUCCCAUCAAAACUCAUGGAGCACAGAAUCACAGACACCUCUUGUAUGAACGUUGGGCACGGUGGGGAAUGUGGUACAAAUACCAACCUCUUGAUUUAAUCAGGCGAUAUUUUGGUGAAAAAAUUGGCCUGUAUUUUGCCUGGCUGGGAUGGUAUACUGGAAUGCUUAUUCCUGCUGCUCUGGUUGGGCUCUUUGUUUUCCUCUAUGGAUUAUUUACAAUGGAUUCCAGCCAAGUAAGCAAAGAGAUCUGCGAGGCAAAUGAAACCAUCAUGUGCCCUAUGUGUGAACGCAAUUGCACACUACAAAAACUCAAUGAAAGCUGCAUCUAUGCCAAGGUUACACAUUUGUUUGAUAAUGGAGGGACUGUCUUCUUUGCUAUUUUCAUGGCAAUUUGGGCAACAGUCUUUCUAGAGUUUUGGAAAAGACGGAGAGCUGUAUUAACCUAUGACUGGGACCUCAUAGACUGGGAAGAUGAAGAGGAAGAGCUUCGUCCCCAGUUUGAAGCUAAAUAUUCCCAAGUGGAAAGAGUAAAUCCCAUUACAGGAAAACCUGAACCUUUUCAACCUUUCCCUGAUAAGCUCAGUCGACUGAUGGUGUCUGUCUCAGGAAUAUUCUUCAUGAUCUCACUGGUCCUCACUGCAGUGUUUGCAGUGGUGGUGUAUCGACUGGUGGCCAUGGAGCAGUUUGCUUCUUUCAAGUGGUAUUUCAUCAAGAAGUAUUGGCAGUUUGCAACGUCUGGCACUGGAGUCUGUAUCAAUUUUAUGAUCAUCAUGUCACUCAAUGUUGUGUAUGAGAAGGUUGCCUAUCUCCUGACAGACUUAGAGCACCCUAGAACAGAAUCUGAAUGGGAAAACAGCUUUGCCUUGAAAAUGUUCCUCUUCCAGUUCGUCAACUUGAACAGCUCUAUCUUCUACAUUGCCUUUUUUCUUGGCAGAUUUGCAGGCCGCCCGGGAAAGUACAACAAGCUUUUUAACAGAUGGAGACUGGAAGAGUGUCAUCCUAGUGGCUGCUUGAUAGAUCUGUGCUUGCAAAUGGGAGUUAUUAUGGUUUUAAAACAAAUGUGGAACAACUUCAUGGAACUAGGCUAUCCUUUAUUACAGAAUUGGUGGUCACGACGCAAAAUGAAGAGAAGAGGGCAAUCAAUGGAGAAUAAAAUUUCUCUACCUCAGUGGGAAAAAGAUUGGAAUCUGCAGCCUAUGAAUCUCCAUGGUUUAAUGGACGAAUAUUUAGAGAUGGUUUUACAGUUUGGCUUUACCACCAUCUUUGUUGCUGCCUUCCCAUUGGCACCUCUCCUGGCACUGCUGAACAACAUCAUAGAAAUCAGGUUGGAUGCGUACAAGUUCGUCACGCAGUGGCGCAGACCCAUGCCUGCGAGAGCAACAGAUAUAGGUAUCUGGUAUGGAAUUCUGGAAGGAAUUGGAGUUCUGGCUGUCAUCACCAAUGCCUUUGUUAUUGCCAUUACUUCUGAUUACAUUCCACGUUUUGUCUAUGCAUACAAAUAUGGUCCCUGUACAGAUCAAGGGUACAGACAGGAAAAAUGCUUAAAAGGAUAUGUCAACAGCAGUUUAUCAGUAUUUGAUUUGAGUGAACUUGGGAUGGGAUACUCAGGAUACUGUCGGUAUAGAGACUACAGAGCCCCACCAUGGAGUUCAACUCCAUAUGAAUUCACUUUGCAGUUUUGGCAUGUCCUGGCAGCACGACUGGCCUUCAUCAUAGUAUUUGAGCACCUUGUUUUUGGAAUAAAGUCCUUCAUUGCCUACCUGAUUCCAGACAUGCCCAAAGACUUGUGCGACAGAAUGAGGAGAGAGAAAUACUUAGUCCAGGAAAUGAUGUAUGAGGCUGAACUGGAGCAUUUGCAAAGAGAAAGGAAAAAGAACGGGAAACAGUAUCACCAUGAAUGGCCUUAGUCACUACUGUGCUGCAACAAAAACACUGUUUGAAAUGGAAGAGUGCGGUUACAAAACGAAGUCAGAGUCGGGCGUCGGCGUGUGAGAUCCUCUCGUGGUGUACAUAUGUUCUUGCUGGGCAGUGCAGUUGCAGACUUUGGUGGGCACUGGCAAACAAAUGUUUCCAACGAUGGCAAUGAAAAGCCUUACCUGUAUCUGGUCCGUGGUGAGCUCCGAGGAGAACUGGCACUCAGGAACGUGCAGUCAGCCUAAAAGCUUGGACACUGGUUUGAAAAAAAGGCCAGGAACGUUCAUGCUGUUCGUGAAGGUACAGCAUGAACCUUCAGCAUAAUGAAAUUGUGAAUUACCAGCGCAAUGAAAACAAAAAAAUUACCUGUGAACUUAAAGAGUAAGGGCAUGACUAAAACCAACUUAUAUGAUAUCCACUACUUCUACAGCUUCUGAUUGCUCAGUUCCAUCUGUAAUGCCUCUAAAGAAAAGAGCAAUUGUUGCCUUUGUGGCCAUAACUUGAUCUUUCAGGCUUACUGUUUUGUCAGGUUUGUCCUAGUCUCUUGCUGAGAUUGUGGAUGUGGUCCUACCCUAAAAAAAGGGGUCUGUGGCUGCUUAAUAUAUAUACUAUGCAGUUUAAGAUUUGCACAUCAGUGUCAUUAAUUUAUCCUUCUAGUUGCAAACCAAAAAUUCCAAAUUCAAAAAGAAAACAGCAGCACUAGCAGAAUGCAUCACAUUGCCCACGUUGCAGCUCUGUUUGAAAAUGACACAGCUGUUGAGUUGUCUUUCCACCUGUGUGUGUGGAAAGGCCACCUCCACACGCUUCCAGGAUGAAAGAACUGUCAUUUUCCUGCUCUGAUGUAGCAUGCAGGUAUCUGUGUUACUGUUCCUUUUGGCCUGUCUGGGCAAUGAUUCCAUGACUUCACAAAAUGCUAACUUGAAAAAUUCCCAUGCUGUGCAAAUUACUUAGUCUUCAAAAUACAAUUAACUUUUUUAUAGUAUGCAAGCUUCUGCAGAUAUAUAUCAGAUGUACAGUAUAACAUCGUGACUUGCUUGUUCAGGGAAGGAGAAACAGUUUAUAACAAUGCUCUUCUUACUGUAGUAGUAAAUGUUCCAGUAACAUACACUUCUUUUAUUGGCCUAAAUAUAUCAAAACAUGGGAGAUAGAUACAGGCAAAUAUAUAUACAGAUUGUACAUAAAUGCAUACACAUACAGUGGUUACUUUUAUUAUUAUUAUUAUUACUAUUAUUAUUAUUAUUACUAUGCCUUCUUACAGUUUGGGGGGGCUUUUUGCAUAAAAUCACUAUAAAAAGUAGAUGUUCAUGUAAGAAUCAAAUUUCAGUUUUUAUGUGCAAACAGCAUACUGCAGUGUUGUUUGUGGUUAUAGUCAAAUUUUGGUGAUGAAAUUGUCUAUUACUAGCAUUUCAUAAUAGGGGAAAGCACUUAAACAGUUUAAACAAGUUUGCAGGGAUGCCUUGCAGAGAAGGGUGUGGAGACCCAGAGUUACAAUCUUAUAUUUCUCUUGUACAAUUUUAAAUAAUGUUUCUCUGUAUUGGAUGAGAAAAUUUUAAAAAAACAAAGGGUCACAAAGCACAGUAACUAUAAAGGCUGCAAAUUUUAACAUUAUUUUUAGGGAUAAAGUUGCAGCAAAAUCACUGCUGACAGAUAUGAAAAGACCUGAAUUUUUACUAUUUACAAUACCCUAUUGAACUAAAAAGUGUGAUUCCAAUAUUCACUUGCAUCUAUUAGCACAAUAAUUUUAUUUUAUUCUAAUAAAAUUAAUUUCAAGAAUCAAGACCCAUCAGAGUGGGUAAAUAGAAUCUAUUUUAUCCAGAGGACCUAGCAUCAGACUUUAAAGUUCUUUAAUUGUUUCACCAUAUUAAUGAGAUUUCUUAGUUAAUUCCUGCUCUCUGUGACCAGACAAGGCAACUAUAGGAGUACCUACAGUAUUGCAUAACAGGAGGAAAGAAAUUUGAAGAUCUGUUCCAAUCAGAUAUAUUACUCACUCAUUCUGUGAUGAAGGGCUCCGUUUCCCAUGUUUUGGAAAGGCUGUUUUGUUUAUUCAUAUUCUGGAUUAUGUGUUAAAUUCCUCAGGAGUCAUUAUCAGAAAAAAAUGAGUGCACUCUCCUCGGUGCUUACAGAAUCACAGCAUUUGAUUUGAUGGAUUGUCUCUCUGUUUCAUUCUGUGGAUUAUCAAGCACAGUUUGACAGCAUUAACCCUGUGUCAGAGUUUUUGUUUCUGUGCCACAUAGUGAUCGUACUUCAGUUCUUCAUAGGGUCACAGAUGAGCUCUUUUUAAUGUUUUCUCUAAAAACAAAAUGCCUUGGCUGGCCCAAGGGAUAAAGAUAUAGGGUAAAAUCAGGCAAAAAUCAGAAAUAUUGAUUAUUUUGUACUUUCCUGUUUCUGGCACCUGUCAAUAGUGCCAAUUCCAAUUGCCAAAUUCCAAUUUGCCAAUAGGCAAAUUCCAAUUGGACUUAAAAAAAAACAUGUAAAAAAGAAAAUCUUUUUGUAUUUGAGAUUUAAAUAUAUAUGCUAUUAAUUAUUUUCAACACUGGUAUAUAGGAGUCUACUAAAGGCAAGUAUGUAGAUCUGACAUGGUGCAUUUUAUGCACUGGAAAAGCACAAGAAGUUUGGAGAAACACUCUGUGUGUCCUUUUCUUUUGGAGGAUGUCAGCAAUGUGUAAAAGUCUUGCCACUAUCUAGCCAUUUGCUUAAGCUGAGAAACCUUUUUGCUAGACUUCAUUUAGUAUACUGUUUUCAUUGACUGCACGUUAUUUUCCUAAAGUAUAAGGCACACACUGUCCUCAGGAAUAAUGUAUUUUUUGAAUGGUGAAUGAUCUUUUCAUAUUCUAAAUAUUGUCUUUUCAAACAAAUGACUGGUAUGACUAGACUGCAUGUAGGCUGCAUUUGUGAAAUCUGACAAAGCUUUAGAACCUCAAUUUGUGCAAAGAUGCUUUAGAUCGUUGCAGAUCUAAUCUGUGACAACUUUGCUCUAUGCAUGCACCCUUGGAGAGACUGCAUGAGCAACUAGAUAUUUUUAUGUAUAAAGGAUUAGUCAAAAUGUCUUAAUUAUUCCUAACCAAAUUCUGCGUCUUCGUUCAGACAAAAGAAAUUUCCAUUUCAGAAAUGGCAAAAAGUCCAGAUACGUGAUACACAUCUCAUUUCUUAUGACUUUUUAUUCUAAAUUUGCGCUUAAUAUGUGAGAUCUGAAUUUUGGUGAAUAAAAAAAAGGGAAAAUAAGAAUUCUGUUUCAUUAGCCAUCCUAAUAAUAGCUCAAAGUCUGUCUCCGUGUAGAGGGAGGCAGUAAGAGCUCAGCAUUCACAACUGAGUGCUAACAGUUGUGAGCCUGAAUGUUGAGCCCAGGCUCACACAGCACAGUGGUUGAGCAUCCUGAUGGAGUACUAGUGUUUGGAAACAAGGUAAAACUCAUCAAAGCCUUCAGCAAAGCCUUUGAAACUGUCUACUUCAGCACUCUCCUGGAGAAGCUGGCAGCCCAUGGCUUGAUCAGGUGCAGUCUUUGCUGGGUUAAAAAGUGGCUGGAUGGCCGUGCCCAGGGAGUGGUGUUGCAUCCAGUUGUUGGCUGGUCACUGGAGGGGCUCCCCAGGGCUCAGUGUUGGGGCCAGUCCUGUUUAAUACCUUUAUCAGUGGACAAAGGAAUCAAGUGCACUUGCAGUAAGUCUGCAGACAACACUAAGUUGGGUGGGACUGUUGAUGUGGUGGAGGGUAGGAAGGCUCUGCAGAGGGAUCUGGACAGACUGGAUCGAUGGGCCAAGGCCAACUGUAUGAGGUUCAACACAGCAAAGUGCCGAGUCCAGCACUUGGGUCACAACAACCCCCUGCAGUGCUACAGGCUGGGGACAGAGUGGCUGAAAAAGGACCUGGGGGUGCUGGUCAACAGCAGCUGAACGUGAGCCAGCAGUGUGGCCAGGAAGGCCAGGGGAAUCCUGGCCUUUAUCAGGGAUAGUGUGGCCAGCAGGACCAGGGAAGUGAUUGUCCCCCUGUACUCAGCGCUGGUGAGGCCACCCCUGGAGUUCUGUGUCCAGCUCUGGGCCCCUCAGUUCAGGAAGGACAUUGAGGGGCUGGAGCAGGUCCAGAGAAGGGCAACUAGGCUGGUGAAGGGUUUAGAGAUUAAGUCAUAUGAGGAGCAGCUGAGGGAGCUGGGGCUGUUUAGUGUGGAGAAGAGAAGGCUCAGGAUAGACCUUAUCACUCUCUACAACUCCCCGAAAAGAUGUUGUAGGAAAACGAGGUUUGGCCUCUUCUCCAGUUAACUGGUGACAGGAGAGAUGACAUAGCCUCAGGCUGCACCAGAGGAGGUUCAGGUUGGACAUCAGGAAGAAUUUUUUCAUUGAAAGCAUUGGAAUGGGCUACCCAGGGAGGUGGUUAAGUCCCCAUCCCUGGAAGUGUUCAAGAAACAACGGGACAUGGCACUUCGUGCUGUGGUUUAGUUGUGGUGGUGAUGGUCGGUCAAAAAUUAGAACUUGAUGAUCUUGGAGGUCUUUUCCAACCCUGAUGAUUCUAUGAUUCAAUGGCUAUUUCUGUUAUCUUUCUUUCCUACCCCUUUUUGCUAAAGGAUUUAUAGGGAAAAUUUCGAUGAACAUUGAAGUUAGUAUUGAUGAUGACAAGGCUAAAGUUUCAGUAGUGGUGAUGGAGGUUAAGGGGGUUUUUGUUACAUGUUUCUUAGAAAGUCCAUGUGUUUCUUGCUACAAAAUACACAUCAGCUGUAGCUAUGUCCUUUUCCAACAACGACUUGUCAUAAAAUGGGUUCUGAGAAACAGUUUGGCUCAAUUGUGUCCUAUGGAAAGCUCAAAAGGAAAAUACCUAGAGACACUAGUGAAAAUAGGUUAAUAGGUAAAUACCUUAAUGCAAAAAUUUAUAAAUUUCCAGAAGUUUCCUUCAUAGAAAGCUCUGCAGAAGGAAAAAUAUCUUGGGAAACACAGUUUUAGGGUGAAAGGCAAGAAUUUUUGUGAUACUUUAUUCUUAAUGUGCCAUUAAGAUGAUCAGUCUAAUAAUGUACACAGUGCACAUCUGCUGUUUCCUUGCUGCAUCUUCUUCCACUGCAGACUCCAAUUGGGAGUGUUACCAGAGAGAAUUUCUGGAGCCAUGGGAUCCAGUGGAGUUACCUGCAAAGCCCUACAUGGCACUGUGGGACUUUGUAAUCUUUUGCAUUAUGCCACAGUUCAUUAAGAGACAAAUUAGCACAUGCAUAUUUCGAAGCAUCAUCUCAUUUUGGUUAAUUGAAGCCCAUCCAUGUCCAUAAAUUGAAUGGGCAAUUGCCAUACCAAUAAAACUCACUUUAUAGAAACAGCUACCUAUGAAUGCAAUAAAGAUAAUGGAAAAUAAAAUAAAAAUCACAUUUUCUAUUAAGUUUCUAUUAAGAAAAGGGACAGAGAUAAAAAUAGUGGUAUCAGCAAUCACUUACAACACAGUAGUACUUCCAGAAUAAUUUUAUUUUUUUGUAGUCCUCAUAAAGUGCUGAUGUUGCUUAUUUUGGGGCAAAGGUUGAAACAAAUAUAAGGCCAGCCUUUCAUAAUAGUGUUUAUUUGGUGUUAAGGCUAACACUAGAAUUCAAACAGAACUCCACAUCUAGGCAGACCUUUUAUUUUGUUGCGAAGCAUAUUUUGUCUACCUAAAAUGCAUACGGUGACACUUUUUGAAAGUGUUUAAGUGAAUUGCAAACUUAAGUUCCUGUAGUGGAAAAUUUAGCAGCUUAAAAAGUUCCUUAAGUGUGUUCAUACUCAACCUUAUGCUUGCAAUGCCCAUGUUCUUCUGGGGUAAAAUACAACAACCAGCAUGUGGAGGCAGGCUGAGGAUAGGCAGAGGAAGCAAAGGGAUCAUCUUCACUUCAGCAGGUUUUGCUCCAGAAUUGCAACAGGCUCUGAAAAACAAGGAUUUGAGCAUGGAGUGUUGGGUCAGCCCUCCUGAUCUUUCUCCUUUUCUCCUCUGGCUCAUUCUUUACUUACCCUCGGUGAUUUAUUACACGCUGCCUUCUGUCUGACAGUCCAAUUUCCAGGGCAAUUCUGUGACUGCAGAUUUAUUUACGGGCUGGUUUUGGAUGUUCUUUACUGAGAAGCCAAAGCGGGAAGUGCACAAGUACUAGUUUGUCUGGUGCUUCUCACAAAUCAGUACGCGUUGGACGAAGCAGUGCUGGGCAGCACGAGGUGCCUGCAGGUGUAACUGUUUCUGGAUCUGUCCUUUCAGUCCCUUCCCCAAGCACCACACUUGGUUCUCCCUGUGUCCCUUCCUACACACACGCACGCACAAUCCUAAAUACUCGCCACAAUCUUAUAAUUUUUAAAUUUAUAGAACAGCCUAAUAUUGACAAUGUUUGUCUGAUAUUGCCACUGCAAUCACAUUUGCCAGAAAUUUGGAUUGACAUGAUUUUGGCAUAACCAUGAUAGCACAAUGUUACCACAACAGCACAAAGUUCUAAUGGCACAACAAGAAACUGUGGAGAAAUCACUUUGCUAUUCCAUGUUAUAUGGGAUCUUUUUAAAUCCAGGACUUCGGUUUAGUCUUGAAAUGCUAAUGGUGUAUUCCCUCCUCACUGCACUGGAAGUUACCUUGUUUUGGUUCUGUUGGCUCAUUCUAACUUCUUGAUAUAACCUCUGUAAUGUUAGAUGUUCUUUGUAGUUUGCAUUCUAAUUGACUUGAGCUACUUAGUAGAAUGCUACUGGGUGAGAAAUCAGGAUUAAACUCAAUAGAGUCUAAAGAUAAUGAGAUUCUAACUGCUGAGAACAUGACAAUUUUUCUGUUAAUAAUGGAAAAAAUUCAGAUCACAUUUUUAUUUUGUGUUCUAUUUAAAUGACUCAGAGUUUUGUAUUGAAAAAUCUUCCAAACUGUUGGCUCUAAUUUUUACCUAGAGUAGUAUCAGUGAAAUUUCAGUUCUUGGAAAUAAUCUCAUGUAAAAUCUAACUGAAUAAGAUAGUUCAGUCAUUUUUUACUCUGAUAGUCCUGGCUAACUUGCAAUAUCAUGAUCGUACAAGAUUUCUUAAAAUGUGUAUAUAUUUGAAAUUUAUGUAAUAUUUAAAUACAACUUCAUUUCUAAGUAAGGAGUAAAAAUAAAAUUUCAGCUAUUUUUUCUAUUCGUAAAUCCACACUUUGUAAGGAAUAUUUAAAAUAAGUUUACAGUACCAUAGAGCGUUUCAGACAAAUUCACUUUUCUGUGCAAAACCUUGAAGUUCCUCUGGCGUGUCAGCUUUCGGUUUCUUUUUAAUAUCACUUUUACAAGCCAGUAUGUACCCCAGAACUAAAAGAAUUCACUGAGGAAAAAGUUGUAGAUCUGAUUAACUACUGUAAGACACUUUUGGCAUAAGUUUGUCUUUGAGAUGCUGUUUACUUUAUCAAGGUUUACAUGUACAAAUGCAACUACUUACUGUAUCAUACACAUUUGAAUAUUGCAUUUUUUUCAGUAAUAAACUUGGAUAUCUUUGAAA